AAAAAAAAAAAAAAAGAAAAGAGAAAAUCUACAUGUUAGGUUGCGCGUGCAAAUACAAAUCUUGUAUCGAAAUUUUAACUGUUUCAUCUAUAUUCGAUUCGAUACUUAACUAUUUCAUCAAAUGUUUUAAUUUUCUGCUAUAACCAGUUAUAAAGUCAUUGCUAACAUCAACUAAAAUGAAAUUACGAGAAUGUACAUUUUUGUGUUUGAACGUAGUCACGUGUUGGCGUGCAUUUUUGCGUAAAUAACCUCCAAAGGCACGAAAAACGGUACGAGACAAGUUGGAGGAACGAGUAAAAUUUCGAAGGUGAUAUUCGAUAUAUUUCUAGGUGAACGAAUAUUUCAGAAAUCGGCAUAAAAGAGGAAAUAAGUACAGGAAACGUGUGUCACGCGGUGUGCGAAGCAAAAGGUUGCGCGGAGAAGAUGCGCGGUGGCCGAGAGGAGAGCGUAUAGCGAGGCUGACGUCACUGACGUCAGACAUAAAAGAUGAAAGACGCAACUGGAUUCGCUUGGAACGGUGUAGCCCGCAGUCGCGAGCCAAUGGGAAGGGUAUAGACAUCAUUGAGUUUCGGCAGCCUCUUCUUCUCUUACUCGUCACUCGUCACAUGACCCGCACUCCUGUACAGUAGGCCAUAUUUGACAGUGGCACUAGUUUAGCGAAGUGAGUGCGUGAAGAUCGCUCUUCAUCCCGACGUUCGUGUUUCCGACAACCUGUAAAUACUCGUGAUCGAUUUGACCUACGAGUCUUGAACGCAUCAGAAUGAACCAGGAGAGUGAGAACGCGCCGAUUUACGCUCCGUUCUUCGGAGUAAUGGGCGCCGCCUCAGCCAUUAUAUUUUCUGCUCUAGGAGCAGCGUAUGGCACAGCAAAGUCAGGUACAGGAAUUGCAGCCAUGUCUGUUAUGAGGCCAGAACUUAUCAUGAAAUCUAUAAUUCCUGUCGUUAUGGCUGGUAUCAUUGCCAUUUAUGGUCUUGUCGUUGCUGUUCUCAUUGCUGGUGGUCUAGAAAGUGUUGGUUAUACUCUGUACAAGGGUUUUGUUCAUCUCGGUGCUGGUUUAGCCGUAGGUUUCUCUGGUCUAGCUGCCGGAUUUGCCAUUGGUAUUGUUGGAGAUGCAGGCGUAAGAGGUACUGCACAACAACCUCGCCUGUUUGUUGGUAUGAUCUUGAUUCUAAUCUUCGCAGAAGUAUUGGGUCUCUAUGGUCUCAUCGUUGCUAUUUACUUGUACACCAAGUAAACAGAUUUUAGUAGCAGGAAUAUAAAACUCGUCGCCUGCAACCAACAACGCUCCCCGACUAUUAAAAUAUUACAACUUGUUUCGACAUUUUACUUAAACAUAUGUUUUCCAUACAUACUCGCAUCAAUUCAUCUAAGCAUCCUUCUGUAAUACUGUAUUCAAAUUGAUAUAUUAGAGUCCAAGCAUUUAAUAAGUACAUAUUCAUUAUAUAAAUGACAUAAUUGUUAAAAAAAAAAAAAAUGCAAGCAAGUAACAAGAGUGCUAGAAAUCUAAUUGAUUCGCUAAAUAUUUUGAAUUGAGAAACAAAUAAUUCAGUCUUGCAGCAAGAGGAUGUAUGUACAGAAGAUACACAAAAAGCAACAGGCGACAGGGAAUUAUACUGAGAAAAGACCCCAAAUAUCCCAUGUCAAACAUUUCUCUUUCACUGUAUAGUAAUCAUUUAUAGUGUAGUUUGACAUUGAAUUAUCAAUUAAGGUAAUCGGCUCUACUGAGUGUAUAAAGAAAAAAAGAAAAAAAAACUGUUAAUGAUAAAAGAAUAUUUAGCACAAUUACAUAUAUUAAAUGCGAUUGAAGUGGCAGUAUACUGAUUGCAGAUGUACGUUUUUUGCGACAAACAUCUAAAUAAAAUUAUAUCUGAAUUAGAAAGUGGGAGGAAUAU